AUGAACGCUCCCCAGCAUGCUUCCGGUGGGCAUGUAGGCAAAGAAGGGCCAGGCCCAUCGACUCUGGAGCACGCAAGGCGGACCCUUCUUAUCCAGUACGAAGCACGACUGCCACCACGAUCCUACGCGUUCGUGUGGCCGUCACAGACGAUCCUGCUGCGCAUCCAGCACAAGCUCGACCACGACCUGUUUCAAAGUCCCAGAUACGAGGCCACUACGAGGUAUCAGACCCUCUUCCUCCGCGAACUGUACGCGCAGCUCGAUGCAGCGGUUCAAGCUGAGUGUGCGGUGCUUCGAAGCCGGGGCGUAGAGGAGAUCGAGUGGCCAGAGGUGGACGCAGCGCUGCUCGAGAGAUAUGCCGAAGUGAUGGCCAGCGACUCCUCUCGUGCCGCUGCGGUGAGGUCCGCUCCCGACACCGAGUUCACGACGCAUUGUUGGCCAAAGCAAGCCUUCUAUUCAUGCCAGCAUCAAGACGGCGCCAACACAGGCGAGAACGAUCUGCUCGAGCAUUUCUUCAAAGCGACGAUACGCGAAGAAGGCAGCGCCAUCUCGAAAGGCACCACGGGAUUGAAGACAUGGGAGGCGGGUCUGCGAUUGGCAGGGCACCUUGCAAGUGAUACAUCGCUGAUCGCCUCCCCAGGCGCACGCGUUCUGGAGCUCGGUUCUGGCGCUGGUUUUGUUGGAACCGUAUGCGCACUUGAGCAGGCGGCGUCUCCGCACAAGGACCUGCAUACAUUCAUGACCGACAUGCCUGGCCAGGUGUACGCGCGCCUGCAUGACACCUUGCAAGUCAACGGUCUCGACGCCUCCUCUCGCAGCGUGGAGAUCAGGGAACUCGACUGGCUCGAGUUGAGCGCGGAGCGUCGGCAGAGUCAGCAACGAGACGAUCUGCCGACGGUCAAGUUGCUUGCCGAAGCUAAGCCGACGCUGAUUCUCGCUGCCGAUGUGGUGUACGAUCCCGAUUUGAUUGAUCCGUUGGUGGAGACGAUCCGAGCCUGUCUAGAGGCAGGGACUAGCACGUGCCAGGCUCUCGUGGCGAGUACGAUCCGCAACCUGGAGACAUAUGGUUCCUUCAAAGCAGCUCUGCAAUCGUUUGGAAUGAAGGCCGAUGUACAGGUUCUGCAGAGGCCAACUCUGUCACCGCCCUCCCGCGAUCAGGCGUGGCUGUCUGACACUCCGGCGCUGCCUGUCUUUCCCUCUGCCCAUGAUCCGAGUGUCAAUGGAAUGGUGGAACUUCUGUGCAUUACUCUGGGGUGA